AAACUAUCGAUAUAAUAUAAACAUCUCUAACACGUCUCUCACUCCUUUUCACUUUAGCGAGGCAAAAUUUGUCACAUUUCUUUGGCAAAAUUUGCAGUUUGUGAUUAAUCAUUUAAAUAUCGUGAAGAGCGUAACUCAACACACUAGACAAGCGCUAGCUAAACCAGCAACGAAGCAAAAUGCCUAAGAAUAAAGGAAAAGGUGGCAAAAAUCGUCGUCGUGGAAAGAAUGAAAACGAAUUCGAAAAGCGUGAACUGAUCUUCAAAGAGGAUCAACAGGAAUACGCACAGGUGACCAAAAUGCUGGGCAAUGGUCGCUUGGAGGCAAUGUGCUUUGAUGGCGUCAAACGUCUGUGUCACAUUCGGGGGAAACUUCGCAAGAAGGUAUGGAUUAAUCAAGGUGACAUCAUAUUGGUCGGGUUGCGAGACUAUCAGGAUUCAAAGGCUGAUGUCAUUUUGAAGUACACACCGGAUGAAGCUCGAAAUCUGAAAACAUACGGCGAGUUUCCGGAAUCGGUUCGCAUCAACGAGACAGUCACAUUCGUCGAGGAUGGCUUCGAUGAGGACAUUGAGUUCGGCGAUGAGAUCAGUUCCGAGGACGACGCUGAUUCCGUUGAUAAUAUCUGAUUAACAAGCAAUAAAAGCGCAGCAACAGAAACAGCAGCAGCUGCCGAGUCGGUUCAGGAAUAGGGAAUUAAAUAAAUUUGUAAAAAGUCAACAGCCUCCCCGCCAACACCCACCCGCACCACACACACCCGUACACACACACACACACACACACACACACAUAUACCAAAAGCAGCGCAGUGACAGACAGCUGAGAGCGAUAAGGAAGUGACAAGCCAAACCAUUCAUUCAGAAAUAAACCUUUAGAAAUUUUAACGUUGCUUUCUAAUACAAUUCAAACUUUUCAAUUCGGAUGCCAAACUCAAAUUAUUCGCCUUUCAACCGCAAUGUUCAAUUAACAACAACAAAAAAAA